AUGGACAACAUCGACGAGGAAUAUGACCGGCUUGUCGAACACCUUCACGACUGCGCGAAGAAGGCUGAGAGUUUUAAAACCACCAAGAGGCGCCUGUCUCUUGAAACUCUUGAGCUGAUACGCCAGCGUGGAGCAGCACGAGCCGCAGGGAACCAAGAACUCACGUCCGAGCUCGCAAGGCUUUGCCGAGAGGCGAUAAAGGAAGACCUUAAAGAGAGAAGAGCAGAAGUGCUGGCUGAAGCUGCAGAGGCGGGGAAAAGCAUCCGCUAUGCCCGUCGAGACUUCGCCAGUCGCAAGACGAGGAUGACUGCUCUCCGGAACCCAAAGGGAACAGCCAUUGCAUCGAGAAGGGGAUGGAGAAAAUCAUCUACGACUUCUACUCUGAUCUCUUCGACAGCCAUGUCCACUUGCCUCCUCACCAUCUGA